AGCGGUGAGUGCAGGAUGGCGUCGGGAGUCACCACGGUCACCUCGGUCUCCGAAGGAGCCGGCUGGGUUCCAUUGCGCGGCCGAGCCCAGCGGCUGCACUUCCGGCUUCCUCCCCGCCUCUUCCGGCCCCGCCCACCAGCGGUCCUGCUCUUCCGCCCUCAGCUACGCAGAAGCGGUCCGCGGGACCCUGGGUCCAUGGGGUCCCCGGGGUCCGUGACGGCGGCGCUGCGGGUGGCUGAGGUGCUCGAAGCCAUCGCGAACCGCUGCGUGGGGCCAGAGGGCGGGCUAGUGUUGUGUACGAAGCCCACCGGCGAGGUGCUGCUUAGCCGGGAUGGAGGCCGCCUCCUGGAGGCGCUGCACUUAGAGCAUCCCUUAGCCAGGAUGAUAGUGGCGUGUGUUUCCAGUCACCUUAAAAAAACAGGAGAUGGUGCUAAAACAUUUGUUAUUUUCCUUUGCCAUUUACUCAGAGGACUUGAUGCAAUCAGAGAAAAAGAUCCAUUCACUCCUGAAAAUAUUCAAACCCAUGAAAGACACUGGAAAAACUGUAGUCAGUGGAAAUUUGUUUCCCAGGCUCUUCUAACGUUUCAGACACAAAUACUAGAUGGUAUUGUGGACCAGUAUUUAAGCAGGCACUAUUUGUCUGUCUUUUCUUCAUCUGCUAAAGGAAGAACACUGCGCAGGCGCUCUUUAGAGUCACUCCUAGAAGCAUAUUUUUGUGGACGAGUGGGACGAAACAAUUGCGGAUUCAUUUCACGGUUGACGUGUGACUACGUUCUCGAGUGCAUGGCCUGUGAAAGUGGGAUCGAAGUGUUUGAGUUGCUGGACAGCUGUUUUUUCGAGCUGAAUGUUGGUGUUGCAGGCCUUCCUGUUUCCGCUUCCAGAAUUGUGGACGGCCUUGUCCUUCACCGAGACUUCUCUGUGUAUUGCCCAGCAGAUGGUGACAUUAGGAUGGUGAUGGUCACAGAAGCCCUCCACCCUCUGUUGUCAUCGUCCAAAUCAGAGCUGAUGCUAAAUUCGGAAGCGCAGUUUCAGGCGUCUCAGUGUUGGAUCGUGGAGAGGACAGAGGCAGUAAUGAAACGUUUGCAAAGUCAGAAUAUAAAACUGCUCCUGUCCAGUGUGAAGCAGCCAGACCUGGUUGUUUACUGCGCAAGACUACAUAGCAUAUCCGUGGUGGAGUGCUUAUCGGCCCAAGAGGUUUCUCUCAUCCAGAGGAUCGCCGGCCUUCCUCCUUGUGUUGCGCCAUGGGUCACUUCACAGGGUGAGAUUUUGCAUACGACUUCGGUGAGAUUUUGUAAACCCCUCAUCCUUAGGUCCAAAAGGUAUGUUCAUCUUGGCUUGAUGAGCACACGUGUAUUUAUACCUCACUGUAUGAUCCUUUGUGGACCGGUUCCGGGUCUUGUUCAACAACAUGAGAGUGCUUUGCAGGGAGCGUUUAAGAUGCUCCGGCACUUGUUUACCGACCUUGACCUAAAUUACGUUAUACAAACCAAGGACCAGUGCGACUCCCGUCCUCUUGCUUCCAACAGUAGCAGAGAGAGUCAUCACCUACCAGAAAUGGAUAAGUAUCAAGACAUAACCGUAAAGAGCAAAAAUAAAUCGGAAAACACUCAGACGUAUUUAAAAGUAUAUUCAAAUCUGAUGGCUUCCGAUACAGAAGUAGAAAUGCCUAUCCCAUGGUCAGCGCAGAAGGAGACGCCGACAGAUGUGUCUCCAACAGGUGAUAUACGGAAGUGCUUGUCUGCAGAAAGAAACUGGAUGAUUGAUGGCUGUGAACUGUCGAUUGAGAAUAAUUCCACUGGAAACCCCACAGCAGAAGACACUAGAACAGAAAUUUCUCAUGAAAAUGUACAGGUCACAAAUAAUCCUGGGAAAGGGUACACCUUGCCGGUGAUGUACAAGUCCCUGGAGGCAUGUACUUCCUGGGGUUAUUGUUCAUCAACUAUCCCAGCGGGCUGUGUUCUGCCAGUGGGUGGUAGUUUCGAGAUCUUGUUGCAUUACUAUCUUCUCAACUAUGCCAAGCAGUGUAGGCAAUCAGCUGAAGCCACGGUCGGUACGUUGAUAGCUCGUGCACUUUUAGGCAUCCCUAAAAUCCUUUGCAAGCCUCAGAAGGGAAAGGCCAGCUUUCCACACACGUACAUUCGCUCUCUCCGCGCGCUGCAAACCGGUCAACUUGUGGUAAGUAGCCAGUCGGGACUGGAGCCAGUAGCUGGGAAGUACCAGUUACUAACUUCAGUUCUGCAGUGUUUGGCGAAAAUACUAACUAUUGAUUUAAUAAUCAGUAUUAAGAGACAACCUCAGAAAACUAGUGACGAAGAUUCAGAAGAUGAACUUUAACACUCCAAGUU